GCAACUCGAUGUCCGUUGAGGAAUUACCUGGGCACUUUAUUGAGAUGACUUCUUCCGGUAAGUUUCCAAGGGAAGAUCAGGACAGUGAAGAUGGAGAUUCUGCAGCCUUACAUAAACGUCCGCUUACAAGGCAUCCAGCGCACAUUGGAGACGAGGAAGAAGACAACGAAGAAGUACUAGUUCAAAAUACUCCGGAUAGCGAUUACACCAAGCAGACGAAAAAACUCCAGCGGGAACUCAAGUGGUAUUUCUACACCGCUAUCAAGUUCAAGAACAACCAAUGCUUCCUUCAUAUCGUUUAUCUGGCCAUUUUCGUCGCUCAAGUUAUAAAGGUCUCCACGAUCACAACACAGAUAUUCAAAUUUGGCAAUGACCGGAGCAACUUUAAUUCCGUUGUGAACAGAGGACACAUCGCUUUGAGGCAUCUUUUUCUUAAAGAUUGGGAUGCAACUUGGGAGACGUUGCCAUAUCCACCGUCCCGUGGGGAGUUUGCCCUCUACGUCGUGGAUGAUCUGACAGACGCCAUCAAUUUUGCCGUUAAAAGCUACUUCAACGCAGAGAAGGAUGCAAUCGGCUAUUAUGUCCGAUUGCCUGCAGAUACCAUGGUGGGAAACAUUGAAUAUUUCGACUUCCCAGGCUUCUCUGACGACCAAGUCAAAUUUGGCAUUCACAUUCACGAGAGAAGCUUCGAGAUACGGAACGGUCUAACAGAAACUGUCGAUUCUAAGACUGGGGAGAUUUCGUACGACUACAGCAUUCUGAGAGAGUUUGAACACUUAAACCUCACUCAGCCAAUUAAGAAGAUGUUGUUGACCACACUGUCGUUUCAACUUCACUCCGUUCGUGUCUAUGAGAAGGAUGUUAAAGCCCGAUGCCUGAGGAUUAAUGGGAAGAUAUCAUUUCAAGACAUGGAUAACAACGGACAAGUGAAUCUGGAGUUGGACACACUGACGACUCGAAUCAAGUGUGCCGAAAUGAACUUCACAUCAGUCAUUGAUCAAGCGUUAGACGAGGCAUCCUCUGCAGUGGGCGGGGCGGUUAUUGCUUUGACAGUCUUAUCUUUGUUGAUAACUGUAGCGGCUGUGACUUGCGGAAUUGUGCUGUAUUGGCGGACUAAGGCGUACAUGAGGAAAUAUUUCAAGCAGUUUUACAAACCUGCAGUGCAGACAGAAAAUGAUUUACCAUGGAGGGAAUACGCAAAAUUCUUCCGUCUUUGGGACAUUCUUGUUUUCGUUGGGGACAUACUUACCCUUUAUGGCACGAUUUGGAUCGUGUUUAGCGGCGAGUCCAAUAGCUGGGUGUUAGCCACCCUUGACGCAUUCACAGUCUGGCUGGGAGUGGGCUGUUUGCUAUCCUGGUUGUGUCUUCUACGCUACUUUGACUUUAACUUCAAGUUCCAUUUGCUGUUUAGCACACUGUAUCGGGCGUUCUGGGAUGUGAUGGCCUAUCUGCUCUGUAUUGUUGUCAUGUCGAUGGGGUUUUGGGUCUGUGGAUAUAUUGUACUGGCGCCUUACCACGUAAAGUUUAAAUCUCCCCAAACCGCUGCGGAAUCUCUAUUUACACUUGCCACUGGUGAUGAGCUGUUUGCAACCCUUGGGUAUCUAGAAACAAAGAAAAGUGGCCAUAGCAUGAUAUUUUGGUUCUCCAGAAUCUACAUUGGCAUUUACGUAGCUAUAUUCACCGUACUUGUCAUCAAUUUGCUCGUUGCAAUAUUCAUGGGCGCCUACGAUGAAAUAAAUAAACAUUAUACAACAUCGCCUGAGGAGCGCAACCUUGGACCAAUGGAGAAAGCCCUGAGGAAGUUUUUGAAGACAAACACAGGAAAAAGCAAUCUGCGGACAUCGAUAUAUGACCUCCUGCGUGACGAAAACCGCCGAACCGCGGGCGAAAUGUCUCUAAAAAGAGAGCUCUCAAAACUGGUGAGAAUAUCGAGGACGAAGAAAACCGUGGUGUUGUUUAAGCCUACUACACUGCAAGCUUUCUUAGAUGAGGGUGAUGACGUUGGUCGUGCCAUGAACUGCGGCUGUUUCAAGUGCGUGUUUGUGCUGCUUAGAAAUAACUGAACAGCUACACGUAAGCUGGUACAUGUACAUAUGAUCAUUUAUAAAUAGGAUGUGGCAUUUUUGACAAAGACAUUUUUUAAUUGAUAAGAGUAGCAUAUCCUGUAUCCUUUACCACCAGGAUGGCGGUGUUCCUUUUUAUUGAGUGAUGUCACUAAAGUAGAGGUUUACAUAAUGUAUUCUGUGUGUCUUGAGCUUGUUCUUUAUCGCCUUCAUGUAAGCCUCAUUGCUUAGCAAUUUGCCUUUAUUAUUUGUACAUUGAUAUUUUAAUCGUCAUAAAGAAC